AUGGCUGGAAAGGAUAACAAUAGCUCUCGAGGUCCACUCCCAACAGGUUUACCUAAUGCGGAGAAGCUUCCUGAUGGACUACAAAAGAUUGUGGAUAAAUCGGACAAGGAGGACAACUUCUACGAUGAGCUUUACGAUGGAUAUGCUCCUCAAACCACUGAAAGCAAUAUUCGAUAUGCGGCAUAUGCCACUCGCAUACGAACAGCUUUAUUAUCCGCGCAACGAUAUGUAGCUUACACUUCAGAUAUUGGGGAGUCUUUCCGACCAGUAGCUCAUCCAAACUGGGUUCGAGCAGCUUAUGGCGUUUCAUGGGCCUAUCUUGUUGGCGAUGUCACUCAUGAGGGUUAUAAGGCAUACUGCAGAAAUCAGGAAGUCCUGCACCCGGAGCUUCCGCGAGAAGCAAUGCACGAUCGAUAUAAUGAUGCAAAGACGGAUCUUAAGAUAGUCGCCAAUGAAAUGGAGGUAUCACUAAAGCCUCGUAAAGUUGCACCACUGGAAGAUUAUCGGACAGUGAUGGCACAGCGAGCCAUAUUUCAAGGUCUUGCUUCUAUGGGUCUGCCCGCUUUUACCAUUCAUUCUAUUGUGCGGUAUUCUGGAAAAUUCAUGAAGAAUGUCAAAAAUGUCAAGGUUAGAACAUACGGACCAAUAGGUCUGGGCCUAGCGGCCGUACCCGCCUUACCGUUCUUGUUUGACAAGCCGGUCGAGGAAGCAGUUGAAUUUGUGUUCCACAAAGGCUUUGAGGCCUUCGGUGGUAAGUCCGCCGUCGGUGAUGCACCUGUCACUGGCCGAGAACAUUUGUUGGAGCGACCCGAGAAAAAAGCGAAGAAGGAUAAGGAAUUGUGA